AUCGUCUCCCGCCGUUCCCGUCUUCCUAUUCCUUUAGUUGACUGUGCUGAAAAUCCACCAGAGUCGGAAUCCGACAGCUUAUCACUGGGAGCAUCAUCUGCCAGAGUGACUACCGCCGUAAAAGAAGCCUGUUAUAGAACCUGGGAUCGUGCAACAUGUCACAGGAUAAUCAACCUGUCGAAAUCGUCGUGGACGACGGGCUGGACGAUGAUCAGUCGGAGGUUGGAGAUAGUAUGGCGUCAUCCAGUACCAGUCUUCGUGAAUCUCUUCUAGAGUACCGAAUAGAGAAUGGGAGAACUUAUCACAAGUACAAAGACGGGAAGUACAUAUUUCCUAACGACGAAAGGGAACUGGAGAGACUGGACUUGACACAUGCGCUGUGGUUUCUCGUGAGCGAUGAUAAGCUCGGCCUUGCCCCACCGUGCCAGGAUGGCGCAAAGGUUGGCCGGGUGCUCGAUGUCGGCACGGGGACUGGCAUCUGGGCUCUCGAUUUCGGAGACGAGCAUCCCGAGGCCGAGGUCAUCGCUACUGAUCUCUCGCCAACGCUGCCUUCCUACGUACCGCCAAACGUCAAAUUCCAGGUUGAUGAUGCCGAGGAACCUUGGACGUUUUCGCAACCAUUCCAGUACAUCCACAGCCGAGUCAUAACAUCUGGGAUUAGCGACUGGCACAAAUAUCUGCGUAGAUGUUAUGACAACCUCGAGCCAGGCGGAUGGGUUGAAGUGCAAGAAAUCGACCUUUACACAGCCUCUGAUGACGACACGCUCAAGCCCGAUUCUGCUCUAAUGAAGUGGUGCCAUCUCCUUCAGCAAGCCUCGGACAGGUUUGGAAGCCCCUUUGUGCGGAUUCCAACGCUGAAAGAGGUGAUGCUGGAUGUUGGGUUCGUUGAUGUGUCCCUGAGCGUGAGCAAAUGGCCAACCAACGCUUGGCCGAAGGAGCCUAAGUGGAAGGAAAUUGGCAUCUGGAACAACGAAAACGUCCUCAGCGGAAUUGAGGGUUUCUCCAUGGCAGCCUUGACGCGUGGUCACGAGUGGACCCGUGAGGAGGUAAACGUGUUCCUCAUAGAUGUGCGAAAGGAUCUGAAGGACAGGAACAUCCACGCAUAUUGGCCGGUCUAUUUCAUCACCGGACGCAGACCUGAUAAUGUUGUUAUUCCACAACCAGCUCCGGAGUCCUCCGUUGGAUCGUCACCUGAGUCUGCUGCUUCCCCUCCAGCCUCCCCUCCAGUUUCGGCUCCGGUUCAGGCCCAAGCACAAGCUGCUUCAUGAUGAUGUACGGUGUUUCUCGAGGUGGACGACGUAGAGUACCGUUGCCGAAAAGGCGGCGGUGGCCGAGGAAUUACUGGUCGUGUUUGUACGGGCCAAUUGCAAAGUUGCCCUUUUACCGUAGGCAGUGUAUCAUAUAAAACACCCGAGUUUUGAAC